CACUGUUCUAGAGAGUUCCCGAGUGCAUUGUGGGAGCCGGCCGGUCUUCCUCUCGCCGCAAAGAUGAUGCCCACUCCAGUAAUCCUGCUGAAGGAGGGGACGGACACCUCCCAGGGUGUCCCUCAGCUCGUCAGCAACAUUAAUGCCUGUCAGGUCAUUGCUGAGGCUGUGCGGACCACUCUGGGCCCUCGGGGCAUGGAUAAGCUCAUCGUGGACAACAGAGGCAAGGCCACUAUCUCCAAUGAUGGUGCCACUAUCUUGAAAUUGCUGGAUGUGGUUCACCCUGCAGCCAAAACUCUGGUGGACAUCGCCAGGUCUCAGGAUGCUGAGGUUGGUGAUGGCACCACAUCAGUGACUUUGCUUGCGGCCGAGUUCCUGAAGCAGUUGAAGCCGUAUGUGGAGGAGGGGCUCCAUCCCCAGACCAUUAUCCGAGCAUUCCGCAUUGCAACCCAGCUCGCUGUCAAAAAGAUCAAAGAGAUUGCUGUCACUAUCAAAAAGGAUGACAAGCAGGAACAGAGGCAGUUGUUGGAGAAAUGUGCUGCCACAGCACUGAACUCCAAGCUAAUUGCUGGUCAGAAGGAUUUCUUCUCCAAGAUGGUGGUUGAUGCAGUGAUGAUGCUGGAUGAUUUGCUGCAGCUCAAGAUGAUUGGCAUGAAGAAAGUUCAGGGUGGAGCUCUGGAGGACUCUCAACUGGUGGCUGGUGUGGCCUUUAAGAAGACCUUCUCUUACGCUGGCUUUGAGAUGCAGCCCAAACAAUAUGAGAACCCAAAGAUUGCUCUCCUCAACAUCGAGCUGGAGCUGAAAGCAGAGAAGGACAAUGCUGAAGUUCGUGUUAACAAUGUGGAGGACUACCAGGCCAUUGUUGAUGCUGAGUGGAACAUCCUGUAUGACAAGCUGGAGAAGAUCUAUAAGUCUGGUGCCAAGGUGGUUCUGUCCAAGCUGCCUAUCGGGGAUGUGGCCACGCAGUACUUUGCUGACAGAGAUCUGUUCUGUGCUGGCCGAGUUCAGGAGGAGGAUCUGAAGAGAACCAUGAUGGCCUGCGGGGGCUCUAUCCAGACAAGCGUUGGUUCCCUCACUGAUGAUGUCCUGGGUCAGUGUGAGCUGUUCGAGGAGGUGCAGGUUGGAGGAGAGAGGUACAACUUCUUCAAAGGCUGUCCAAAGGCCAAGACCUGCACCAUCAUCCUGAGGGGUGGGGCUGAGCAGUUUAUGGAGGAGACUGAGCGAUCACUACAUGAUGCCAUCAUGAUUGUACGCAGAGCCAUCAAGAACGACUCUAUUGUGGCUGGAGGUGGUGCUAUUGAGAUGGAAUUGUCCAAGUACCUGAGGGAUUAUUCCAGAACCAUCCCAGGCAAACAGCAGCUACUGAUUGGAGCCUAUGCAAAGGCCCUGGAAGUCAUCCCCAGGCAGCUGUGUGAUAACGCAGGAUUUGAUGCGACCAAUAUCCUUAACAAGCUCCGGGCUAAACACGCACAGGGAGGAAUGUGGUAUGGUGUGGACGUGAACAACGAAGACAUUGCUGAUAACUUUCAGGCGUGUGUGUGGGAGCCUGCCAUUGUGCGCAUCAAUGCCUUGACCGCCGCCUCUGAAGCUGCCUGCCUCAUCUUGUCUGUGGACGAAACCAUCAAGAAUCCCCGCUCCAGCGUCGAUGCCCCACCAGCACCUGCUGGCAGGGGUAGGGGUCGCGGUAGGCCCCCCCAUGCCCACUAGAACCUCCUUAACACACACCAGUCCUGGCCAGUCCAGGUCUUUAUAUGUGUAGCCACUGGACUGUUGGAAGCUCAAAAGGAAGCCAUCAGUUUUGGUCCUGUUUUACUUACUUGAUUGUUACUAAACGCCUACAUGUCCACAGGCUGUGGAGCAUCAAUGAAAGUCCACCUUGGUAAUUGUAUUGCUGAUGCUUGUGUAUGUGGGAAUUGUGAGUAAAGCAGGAUUUUAGCUGUGGUUGUGUGGAGGCAGAUUGUUUUGUAGUAGUCUGAGACAACACACCCAGAAAGGUGGCUGUCUGGUUUGUGAAAUUGUAGACGCACUGAUGUUGGGCAUUCAAGCCAGACUGCAGUAUGUUCCCAUGUUUGUCAUUCAGUGGAACUAUUUAUUUGGACCAUUAAAUUCAAUACUUUCACAUUUCA